CUUAGCUAUCCUAUAUAUUGGCCCCCCCCACAUGCAGCAGGAAGCAGCACAACGACCUCUUUGCAUGCAUAUUGCUCUCUCUGUGUGUGUUACUGCGUGCAAAUUAAAGCAGCAGCUCUUGCUCGAUCGCGGGAUGAUGUCUGAGAGGAAUCUCCUUGCACGCCGCCAGCCGCUGCCGCCCGCCAUUGCCGUGGCGGUGGUGGUGGUGGCGGUGCUCGUCCAUCCACGAGCGGUGGCGGUGGCGCAGGCUCAGCCUUCGCCGGGCUACUUCCCGAGCGCCACGGUGAGGUCCAUGGCCUUCUCCGAGGACUACGACAACCUGUGGGGGCCGCAGCACCAGACGCUGUCGCAGGACAAGAUGGCGCUCACGCUCUUGAUGGACCGAACCUCAGGCAGCGGAUUCAAGUCGAAGCGCUCGUACCGGAACGGCUACUUCGGCGUCUCCAUCAAGGUGCAGCCGGGCUACACCGCCGGCGUCAACACCGCCUUCUACCUGUCGAACAACGAGCUGUACCCUGGGAAGCACGACGAGAUCGACAUAGAGCUGCUGGGCACGGUGCCGGGGGAGCCCUACACUCUGCAGACCAACGUGUACGUGCGGGGCACCGGCGACGGCGCGCACCUGGUGGGGCGGGAGAUGCGGUUCCACCUCUGGUUCGACCCGACCGCCGACUUCCACCACUACGCCAUCCUGUGGAACCCCGACGAGAUCGUCUUCCUCGUCGACGACGUCCCCAUCAGGCGCUACGCCGCCGCCAGCACGACGUUAUUCCCGGACAGGGAGAUGUGGGCGUACGGCUCCAUCUGGGACGCCUCCGACUGGGCCACCGACGGCGGCCGCUACAGGGCCGACUACCGCUACCAGCCCUUCCUGGCGGGCUUCCGGACGUUCAGGACCGCCGGAUGCGAGGCCGCCGCGCCCGCCGCCGGGUGCCCACCCGUGCCGGCGUCCCCCGCCGGCGCUGGGCUCAGCGUGCAGCAGCGUGACGCCAUGCGCUGGGCGCAGCAGAGGUCCAUGGUCUACUACUACUGCCAGGAUUACACAAAGGAUCGCUCCUUAUACCCAGAAUGCUCGCUCGCUACCUAGCUAGCUAGCCUGAUGAUGAGUAGUGAUUCAUUAAUUAAGAUUAUUAAGCACCCUGCCGUGCGUAACUAGUAGUAAUUGAAGCAUGCAUGAUCGAAGCAGCAGCUCAUAGCAGAUCAUAUAGCAGAGAGCGGCAAGGGAGGAGGCGUGCGAUUGAAGCGCCGCCCUACGUAUACGUAGUAGUACACUAGUACGUACGUACGGAUCAUCCUAAAAUUGUUCACUGGUGGUUGAGGCGUGUGACUUAUUUAUCUUCAAUUCAGAGAUGCACACUAGUCUGGAUCCAUAUAUAUGUAAUGUAUAAAUAAGUCCAUUAUCUAAAAAGGAACAUUGUUCACUCACAUUACACAUCGAUUUUAAUGCUUAGUAAUAUUUCUCAUAUAGGAGUUAGUAGCCCUAGUGUUUAGAAGCAAGGGGGUGGUUUCUUCAAAACUUUUGUACGUAUCAGGGGUUAUAGCUAGUCGGUUUGGUUAUAUAUAAUAAAUGGCUUGGUGCUU